UUGGUCGUCACUAGUUACCACAGUCACGCUGAUGGCUAAACCCCGACUAUUUCUCAAAUGUAAUAGAUUUUAAAACGAACCUUAAUCACACUGCUAACCUCAUUCCUAACCUUAAUUUAAGACCAAAAAGCUAAGUUUGAUUUCACUAAUUUUUUACGAUAUAGCCAAUGUUGAAUUUGUGGCUGUGGUAACCGAACCCCAGUCUACUAAACAAGGACUAAGUAAGGUAGCGAACUAACUAGUUUAACAUGAAUAAAGACAACUUGAGUGCCAAUAUAGGACAAGUGGGCCAUUAUGUUGCUACGCUGGGUAACUAAUUAUAACUACCUAGUUUACUGUUUUUUUAAGGGUGAUUACCACAGCCAGAUGACCACUGCAGAUAAGAUGGCAUGGGGUCAUCAACAACACCAUCACUCUAGCGAGUCAAGCUUAGGUAGCGUCCUAACGGUUUGUUAGAUAAUACAUUUCUUAUCUUGGCUGAUGAAUAUAUUUUAGAUAGGUAGCUAGCUCUAUCUGUUUCGGUAGCCAAAGCAAACAGACGUCAAGACCGAUAACUAGGGACGUUCUGCCCUGCCUGGCCUAUUGCUAGCCUGCUAGUUUUGUAAACUAACUUUGGUUAACGUUAUCUACGUAGCUAGCUAGCUUGAUGUUUUGCUGCACAAUAUCCUGCUAUGGAGAACUGGACCUAAAUUGCCAAUCAACUGGGGACGUGCGACUUGCCUUGAAGGCUAUUUACCAGUGGAUAAGAAUCGAUGGACCAGAGCUCAGAUAGAGGCCCUAUUGCAGGAUAGGCAAGUGGAGGAGCUGAGGCUUAGGCUGUGCUGCAGGAUGGCAUUUGGGACGGCAGGGCUGAGGGCAGCCAUGGGCGUAGGCUUUGCCCUCAUUAAGGAUAUGACAAUCAUCCAGUCCAAACAGCCAUAUGCUGUGAAGAGGCUGGGUGUUGCAGCGGAUGUGAUGGUCACUGCCUCUCACAACCCUAAAGAGGACAACGGAUGCAAGGAGCUCUCCCUUCGCCUUGCUAAGAGAGAGAGUGCCAAGAUUGUCAUGGCAACUGAUCCUGAUGCAGAUGGUUUGGGUUUUGCAGAGCAAAAGAUUCCAAUUCAGAGCGACACACAGAAGCAUCCAGGGUCAAUGCCCUGCUCAAUGACCGAUCUACCAUCAGGCCAAAAAACAUGAACCCAAACCCUCCAAGAUCCCCCCCCACAGUUCCCCAAUAGCUGUCCUUCAACCAUUCGAGACACAGUCCCCCUCAAGAAUAAAAAAUACAAUGAAUUCCAUUCCCCACCCGCAAGAACCCCCCAAUGCACCAACAACCAAGAGAAUGAACUAAAGAGAAAAAAAUAAAAUAUAGAAGAAAACAGCAAACAACAAUGCAAGAAAAUAAUCAAACAAAAUAAUACAUUUAAAACAAAGGACAUCAAGGACAACUAAAAUCAUAACAGCAAUCCAACUGAAUAUCUUUGUGUGCAUGUCUGGCACUAUUACAUGUAUGUGUGUGUACAUGCAUGUGUUUAUUUGAAUGAGAGUGUGUGUAUAUGCAUGUGCACAAACACCUGCACGGCAUCAGCCUCAGGCAAACCGGCAUUAGUGUCAUUCAAAUGUUAUUUUUAUUAUGUUUUAUUUUUACUUUUAUCUUUGAACAUCAUUCUAUCUCCCACACAGCAACUCCACUCACACUUGUCUCUAUUUUCUCUAUUUCUAGGGUCAAUUUUAGAUCAAUGAUAUGCAUUCCUUAACCUGAGACCAGAAACAGGCUACCUGAGGGCAAUACCAAAAUAAAUGGUCUAUUGAUUCUGUAUCCUCACAACAAAAUCUGCAGAGCUUCGAUGAUUUUAUGCCCCAAAUAUUCAACAUUGUUGGUGGCAAGAAUUCUAUAUUUUAGCUGAAAAGUACGAAGUCUUGAAUCUUGCGUUGUUUUAUACAUCACCUCAAACACCCUGUACCAUGGAAUCGGUACAUCCAAAAUCUCUUCCCAACUAUUUUGCAAUCUGUAUGGCACAGUUGUCAACAUCCUGGUCCUCAAAUGAAACUGGUAUACUUUCCUAUUUAUGCUAAUUUUAUUCCUCCUCCAGUUUUGAUUCUUUAAAUAGGGCAGACAGUUCAGUUCCCUACCUCCUCCCGCUGUCACCUGCCUCCUCCAUUUUUGGGGUAAUGCUAUAAUCAAUUGGUUGUACUCUUGGAUUGAGCAGACCUUCCCAUACAAUUCUGAUAACUCCAUGAAGGACAUAACUCUACCAUUCCAAUUUACAAUAUAAUUUAAGAACAAAAUACCCCUUUCAAACAUAUUUUCCAUAAAUACAGGUAUUUUAUCAAACAGCACAUUUGAGUUCAGCCAUAAUAUUUUUUGUAAUAUUUGUUCUAUCUUUUCAGGGGGAUGAAAUUGAAAUUGUAGCCAGCUCUGCAAUGCUUGUUUGAAAAAGAGAGAUACUUUGAAAAAAGUCUCAUUUUCAAUUAAUCUGCACAAAGGCAAAAAGGUCAUUUUUAAACAAUGGAUGAGCUUUUCUUAGUAAUCUACUUGAGAACCAUUUAGGGUUCAAAUAAAACUUUUCAAUGAGUGAACCUUUUAGAGAGAGGUUUAGUAGUGCUUUUAUAUUUAAUCAUCUCAACCCACCCAAUUCAUAUUCAUUAUAUAGAUAGGCACGUUUUAUUUUGUCUGGUUUAGCGUCCCAGAUAAAGUUAUUAUUUUUUUUGCUCAUAUGAUUUGAAAAACGAAUCAUCAGGAGUAGGCAGCUUUAUCAAAUGCCUUUUCAAAACCCGCUAUAAAUACCAUUCCUGGCUUCUUAUGUUUCAUGAUCUAUUAUUUCUAGUAGUUGUAUAUUAUCUCCAAUGUAUCAUCCAUGUAAAAAAAAACUGUCUGAUCAGGAUGAACAAUACCUGGUAAAAAAACCUUUUAAUUCUAAGUGCUAUGCAUUUCGCUAGUAUUUUUGCAUCACAACAUUGAAGUGUAAGGGGCCUCCAGUUUUUUAGAUAGACCGGGUGUUUAUAUUUGCCAUCUGGGUCUUGUUUUAAUAAUAGAGACAUCAGACCUUCCUGCUCAGUACCUGACAGACUACCAUUUCCAUAGGAGUAGUUAUACUAAAAGCUCCAUUGUUAGAUUGUUUCAUCAAAAAAUACUUGAUAUACCUCUACUGGUAUGCCAUCAAGCCCUGGGGAUUUUCCAGACUGAAAGGAUUUAAUGGCCUCAAAGUUCUUCCUCUGUAAUUUGGCCUUUCCAUUUUUAUAUUAUUUGGAAAUAAUUCCUUACCAUAUUCUUCAUUCAGUGGGAGAGGAUGAGACAGAAAAGAGAACAACAAAUAAUUAGCUUCCUCUUUUAAAAUAACAUUCGGAGAAUCAUUGAUGACUCCGUCUUCAGUAACGAGUUUCUACAAAUAAUUUUUGUUAGCGUUCCUGUUUUUAAGAUUCAGGAAGAAAUUUGUGCAUUUUUCUCCAUAUUCCAUCCAGUUUGCUUUAUUUUUGUAAUAGAUUACAUUAGAUCAUUCUUGAAUAAGUUCCUCAAGUUCUUUUUGUCUUUCCUCUAAUUUAUUUUGUAUCUCUGUAGUAUUGUUUUUAUUGCUAUCUACCUGUACUAUUAGUUCAUGGAUUUCCCUUGUCAGUCUUGUCUCUUGCCAGAAAUGGCUUUUUAAUUAUUGAAUUGAAUUGAAUGAACCCUGGAUGUACAUUUAAAGGUAUCCCAAACAAUAAGGGGAUUUGCUGAACCUAUAUUUUACUGUAAAAAUUCAGUUAUAAAUUAUUUUGUCAUAUUUUUAACUAAGUUGUCCUCCAGUAAACUUUGAUAAAAUUUCCAUUAUCCCCGUCCACAUGGAAAAUAUAUGAGUUAUGUGAAUAUGCCAAUUAGAUGAUGCUCCAAUCACAUUCUGUCUCCUAUUAAAACUUUUUAAACCUUUGAUGAAAGAGAUAAAGUAGUCAAGACGACUAGCUUGAUUAAGUCUCCUCCAUGUAUAUCUCACCAAGUCAGGGUUUUUUAGUCUCCAAAUAUCCACUAUUUCUAAUGUACUUAACACUGUGUUAUAGUCUCCUACCAUAAUGAUUAGAUCAUUUGUUGCCUGUAAGUUCAAUAAAUUGGUAUAAAUAUUUUUGAAGAAGUAUGGAUCAUCCUGAUUUGGACCAUAUAGAUUAAUGAGCCAAAUCUCUUUUUCGUCCACUUUCAUAUUCAAAAGGAUCCACCUUCUUUGUGAAUCAUUCCUGACUAUUUGCACAUUCAAAUCGACAUUUUUUGUUAAUUAAUAUCAUCACACCCUUUGUCCAUGACAGAAAAUUAUUUCACCACCCCAUUCCCUUUUCCACGCAACUUAAUCUAAGGAUGUAGAGUGAGUUUCCUGUAAACAGUGUUAUAUUCCUUUUAUUUUAGCCAUGUAAAGACUGAUCUUUUUUUAAUAAUCUGCUGUACUUAUUAUUUCACCCCUUAUUAUAGCUAGAUACUAUUCUCAGUCUAAAUUGACCAUAAUUAGAGCUUGUAAAGUUACUGCCAUCAGAGAUAUUAUGACGGUCAAAACUAGAGCUUUAAAAUGUCUGAUAUUUAGAUUUUAAAAAAUAGGUUCUAGCAAUAUUUGCUUUAUUCCCUUGCCUGUUUGCCUGUGAGCCAAUGCCACAGAUGUUAGAAAAUUGAGACAAGAUAUGUGUGUAGUAAAUCUGAGUAGGUUGAUGUGUAUGAUUUUGGAUGUGAUAUAGUGAGUGUGUACGAUGUCUGUAUAAGAGUAGGACUAUAAUGUGUGAUGUCCAAAUAAAUAAUAACUGCCAA